CGGUACGGAAAACCACCGCAACAGUGGAUUUCGUAGCAGUACGGUAGUACACCGCGUCGACAAACGAAGUCAAAUCGUAUGUAUCACACUUAGGACCGAAGACAGAUAAAAAAAAGUCACAUUGUCGGUGAUCCAGAGAACUUCUGCGAGUGCUGCAAAGCACGCAAUGGAGACGACAAACAGCGUCAACGACCAAUGCAACUACACGGAACCGGUGACGAACAAUACGUGGGAAAAGGACACGUUAGACAAUGAAUACUCGCACUUUCUGUACAUCACGUUCACACCGGUGUUAAUAUUGCUGUGCGUGUUCUCGAUAGUAUUCAACGUAAUUCUGUUACUAUCGGUGAUAUGGAUCCGGAGGCCACUGUCACCGACCCUUUACAUUAGCCUCAGUCUGGCCGGUACUGAUCUAUACACAUCGUUCCUGCUGGGCCUCGGCCAUACCUUCAACAGCCUACUGCCGGUUGGCUUCCAAGUGUACCUAAUGGAUAUGUGCACCAUUCUGGGCUUGGAGGCGCUCCGGCUGGGGGCUAUAGUAACCACUGCGGGUCAUCUUAUCAUGUUGGCGUUCAACCACUACAUAGGCAUUCUGCGGCCGCUCCACUACCCAGCCACAGUUACGCACGGUACCGUUACCGUAGUCUUGUUCUUCCUGUGGACGUUACCACCGUCAUUCCUAUUCGCCUACUUUCACAUGAUACCCUGCCAAGCGUUCCAAUCACCACAAUGUAAGCUAAUCGAUUUUUUAAAAGAAUCGAAAUUCAGAAGUACGUUCUCAGCUGUACUUUUUGCCGCUCUUACCAUUAUGGGAAUAGUGUACUAUCACAUAUUUAUAUUGGUGAAAAAACAUCAAGCUUCUCGUCUCUUGUACAAACAAAGUGGCAGUGUACAUUCCAAUAAACCGAAUCAAGUGCGCAGACAAGCGGAAUCCCAACAAAGUAAAAACGAAAAAGCACUAUAUACAACGUUAAUAAUUGUCGGAAGUGUUGUAGUUGGGUGGAUGCCAGCGUGUUUACAAUACUACCUAAUAUGUACUGACUGUAUAAUUCAACCCGAUUGGGGCAGUUUAACCGUGAAAUUUUAUACAUACUUUGCGACUAAUUGUCUUGUAAUUCUUAAAUCAGCAGUAAACUCAUAUAUUUAUGCAGCAAGAAUGCAAGAAAUUCAAGUAGCAAUACGUAAAAUGUAUUGCACACUAAAACAAAAAUUAUGUGGUUUUGACGAUGAAAUAGAUGUGAUUGGAUUUGACCAAUACAAAUACAGUAGAUCAUCAGCAAAAAGCAGAAGAACAGUCAUAUGCAGAAUAUCAGUUCAACAUCAUAAAGAUGAAAACUCAAUAGAAAUCAACCAGGAUAAUAUUAUUAAUGAUCAUGAAUUAACAAACUUUAGUGCUUGUCCUAAAAAAAAUGAAACACCAAACAUGGUGACAUAUCUCUAAUAUUCUUAUUAUCUCUAUGUAAAUG